AUGUCUCUCGUCAACCUCGCCCACGUCUGCUCGCACCUGAACAAUGCCUGCAAAGCCCGUCUCGGCCUCACCUCCAUCCCCAACUCCAAGCUCCACCUGAAACUCGCCCUCGCGCUCCAAAACGAUGGCUACCUCUCCUCCGUCGUCCGCGGAGGCCCGACUCCUCCCCCUGUACACCCUAUCCUCGGCAACCCGAACCCAAUCGAUGAGGUCGAAGGCAUCGAGCCCGUGACUCAAAGUAACGUCGCUACCCGACGACUCUGGCUUGGUCUGAAGUACUGGCAGAGCGAGCCCGUGCUGGGCAAGUUGAGCAUGGUUAGCAAGCCGACACGACGAGUGACGAUCGAUGUGGCUGGUCUGCGUCGGGUGAUUCGCGGUGAGCGGGAUAACACUGUUGAGGGUAUUCGCUCGCCUGGUGAGAGCUUGUAUAUCUCUACGGACCGGGGUAUCUUGGAAGCUAGAGAAUGUGUGGAGAAGAAGCUGGGUGGUUUGGUCUUGUGCCGUAUUCGCUAA